CAAUACUUGAUCUUCGUCACUUGAUCUUCGUACUGUGGUUGCGGGUGUUCCAAAAUGUUUGAUAAUAAUAAUUAUAUUGUUGACAAUAAUAUCGUUAAGUCAACAAAGAAAACGUUUGUGGAUAAAGUAACUCUAUCACAGUUAUCAGAGGAUGUACCAUCAAUUAGUGAAUUUUAUGCUGAUCAAAACAUUCUGGUUACGGGCGGUACUGGUUUUAUGGGCAAAGUUUUAAUUGAAAAAUUACUUCGUUCAUGUCCAAAAAUUAAGGGCAUUUAUUUAUUACUGCGUUCGAAGAAAAAUUAUACGGAUGAAGAAAGAUUAAAUAAAAUGUUUAAUAUACCUUUAUUUGACAGAUUAAAAGAAGAAUAUCCGGAAUCAUUAUCAAAAGUAAAAGUAAUUAAAGGAGAUAUCAGCAAACUAGAAUAUGGUUUAUCUGAUUCUGAUUUAGAAUUUAUAAUUCAUGAAAUAAACAUUGUAUUCCAUGUGGCAGCGUCUGUUCGAUUUGAUGAUUCUUUGAAGGAUGCUAUUUUAAUUAAUACACGAGGAACUAGAGAAAUGUUAAAAAUACUUAAACAAAUACAAAAUUUAAAGGUCUUCCUGUAUACCUCAACCACUUAUUGUAAUAUCGAUAAAGACGUGGAUGCAAUCGAAGAAAAAUUUUAUAAGGCGACAACGGAUUGGAAAACUAUGAUUAAAGCAGCCGAAAAUAUGGAUGAAAUGGUGCUCAAUUUUCUUGAACACAAAAUUUUAAAUAAAUAUCCGAAUACGUAUACUUUUUCAAAAAAUCUUGCUGAAGAAGUUAUCUUUGAAAGUUGUGAUGAUAUACCAACAGUUAUUUUUCGUCCUACAGUUGUGGUUGGUUCGGAGAAGGAACCAAUGCCUGGAUGGAUUGAUAACUACAAUGGGCCAAUGGGUCUAACUACCGGAGUUCAGACUGGCGUACUUCAUACAGUUUUAAUAGAUGGUGAUAAGAAUAUAGAUUGGGUAUCUGUUGACAUAGCAAUAAAAGGAAUGAUAACAUCAGCAUGGUAUAAGGCAUUAGAACAAACUGAUCGUAAUAAAUGCUUAGUAAUUAACUCAUCAACUAGUGAUUUUAUAAAAUUCAAUAAUAGCGUAUUGUGGGAUCUUGGUGAAAAAAUAUUAAGGAAAAAUCCACCGAAUCAACUAUUAUGGUAUCCAUUUUGUUUUCAAACGACAAAUAAAUAUUUAUAUUGGUUUUAUUUUGUAACACUGCACUUGAUUCCUGCAAUAUUUUUAAAUGUUUUAUUGAAAAUAAGUAAUCAGAGAUUAAAUUUAUUUAAAUUAUAUCGACGAGUAUUUUAUUCAAAUAUGAAGCUUGCACCGUUCACAUUAAAUGAAUGGACAUUUAAAAAUGAUAAUUUUAAAUCUUUACAUGCAAUAUUGAAACCGGAGGAUAUUGAUAAGUUCUCGGUAGAUUAUUCUGGAUUAACAGUUUCUGAUAAAUUUGAAAUGCAAAGAGAUGGCACAAUACGGUAUCUGUUAAAAGAUAAGAACUUUUCAAAAGAAACAUUUGAAAAACGAAUGUUUAAUUUUAAAAUAAAAUACUAUCUGCAUGUUGCUGUAAUUAUUCUUUUAAUUAUUGGUCCUCUUUUCGUCUUGAAUCGUUAUGUUGGAAAAUUUAUGAAUAAACGUUAUAUUUAGAUAAAUAAUUCAAUUUUUAUGCGAGAAGUGGGCAUGGUUCUGGUAUAACGUUAAAUAAUUCUUUGUGGUGGUGUUUUAAAUGUUGGUAGUUGUCGAGCGAAGCGGACGAGUAGCUGUUAGUCUUUUGUAUUAUUAACAGAAAUUGUUAUAAAUAUAUUAUAAAUUUAAAAG